UCUCAGCCCGGUGGCCGGCGGGGAGGGCGCCUCAGUAGUUCACGGCUGCCGAGCCCCGAGGAGGUGGCCCCAGGAGGGGCAGCGGCCUGGCUCCGGCCCAGGGGACAGGAACAGCGACGGGGAUAGGGACAUGGCCGCCGCCGCUCGGCCCGCAGCGCCCCCAGUGCCAGUGGCAGGGACCCGGGCCGCUGCCGCCGCAGCCGGGGGCUGAGGAGUAUGAGCCCUUCGCCCAAGCAGUCAGGCCUCGCUCCGGCCCCGCCGCAGCCUCAGGGCAAUGAGGGUUAAGUGACUUGCCCAGGAUCACACAGCUAUGUCAAACCAGGAUAGAAAAACUUUGCAAGAAUUUAAGAUGUGAAGAGUCCUUUCUUAUAAGACGAAACAAGUGAUUGUUGAGACUAUGGAUCGAAGCAAACGGAAUUCCAUUGCAGGAUUUCCUCCCCGCUUAGAGCGUCUGGAAGAUUUGGAAGGGGGCACUGGAGGGGAUGUGGCCCAGAUGGGAAGAGUAUGGCCAUCUUCAUAUCGAGCUCUCAUAAGUGCCUUUUCUAGACUUACACGUUUAGAUGACUUUACCCGGGAAAAGAUUGGGUCUGGCUUCUUCUCUGAAGUGUUCAAGGUGCGCCACAGAGUGUCUGAUCAAGUGAUGGCUCUGAAGAUGAACAUUUUAAGCAGUAACCGGGCAAACAUGCUGAAGGAAGUCCAACUCAUGAAUAGACUCUCUCACCCAAACAUCUUGAGGUUCAUGGGGGUGUGUGUACACCAAGGGCAGUUGCAUGCACUUACUGAGUAUAUCAACUGUGGGAACCUGGAACAACUACUUGACAGUGACCAACACCUACCCUGGACUGUGAGAGUGAAGCUGGCAUGUGACAUAGCUAUGGGACUUCGAUACCUUCACUUUAAGGGCAUUUUCCAUCGGGACCUCACAUCUAAGAACUGCCUGAUUAAGAAUGAGGAGAAUGUCUAUUCUGCCGUGGUGGCUGACUUUGGCCUGGCUGAGAAAAUUCCAGAUUGCAGUGCAGGAAGUGAGAAGCUGCCCGUGGUUGGCUCACCUUUCUGGAUGGCACCAGAGGUUCUCAGAGACGAGCCCUACAAUGAGAAGGCUGAUGUGUUCUCCUAUGGGAUCAUCCUCUGUGAGAUCAUAGCCCGCAUCCAGGCAGACCCGGACUACCUGCCCCGGACUGAGAACUUCGGCCUGGAUUAUGAUGCCUUCCAGCACAUGGUGGGAGACUGUCCCCCAGACUUCCUGCAGCUCGCCUUCAACUGCUGCAAUAUGGACCCAAAGCUCCGGCCUGCCUUUGCUGAAAUCGUCAGUACCCUAGAAGAGACUCUGAGCUGCUUGCAGGAGGACCCGGAGAGAGACGGAAAGCCCGUGUCCAUUGGCAUGGGGCUCCUGGAGAAGGUUCCUGGCGUGAAGAGGCCCAGCUCCUUAGAUGACAAGAUACCGCCCAAGUCUCCUCGCCCACGCCGCAAUAUCUGGUUGUCCCGGAGCCAGUCAGACAUCUUCGCCCACAAACCCCCGCGUGCAGUGAGCGUGCUAGACCCCUCCUACGUACCCCACCGCAGCGGAGGGACCCACGUCCCCAAGGUUAAUCCUUUCAGUGCUCGUCAGGAUCUCAAGGGGGGCAAAAUCAAAUUCUUUGACAUGCCCAGCAAGUCCGUCAUCUCUCUGGUGUUUGACUUGGAUGCACCGGGGCCCGGGGGCUCUGGCGGGGGUAUAGGCAAGCUUCCCGCAGAAUGGCAGGAGCCCAUGGCCGCACCCCUCCGCCGCUGGCGCUCUCUGCCCAGUUGCCCCGAGUUCCUGCAGCAGGAAGCCAGCCCCUUUGGGGGGCGAGAGGAGGCCCCCUUUGAGGGUCCCCUGCGGCUGCUCAGCAGCCUUAAGUAUGGGGUCACAGAGAUCCCACCCUUCCGGGGCCCGGCCUCCUCACAUGCCUCGGAACAAGAAGCCAUGGACUGUUCCUGUACCGUAAGCCCCCAGGAAAAGAAUGGCUUUGGGCCCCUGGCCCCAGAAGCUAUGGAAACAGAGGAUUCCCAGCCACCCCCAAACCUGCUGCUCAGCCCAGGUGGGGCUGCAGCCAGCAACAAGCAGCAGGAGCAGGCCAGAGCAGGUGGAAUGUGAUGGAUAAGCCGGGACAGACAGGGCUUGGCCCUCUCUCCAGAGCGGGGGCCAGAGACUGGCUCAGGGCACCUUCUUCCAAAAGCUGAGCCCGGGCUCCACGGUCUUAGGCCUCCUUUCCAUCCUGCCCCUUCUCAGGGAGUGGAGAAGAGCAGAUAUAUGGGGGGAGGCAUGGAGCUGGUACAGAUAGACAGCUGGCCUGCCUCCCUAUGUGAGGCCAGGAGCUUGGCCUCAGUUCAACCAAAAUCUAGGUGGGGAGCCGCCUGAGGCCCUUCAAACCUCUGAACCAGCAUUCUCUGCUGCCUCACCAAUGCUAUGUCCCGAGGCUUCUGGGGACCAGGAAGGCCGCCCUCCCAGCUAACUCCACAUGGGCCGCCCUCCUCACUUCCCAGCAUAGCUCAGCCUGGGAGGACGGGAGUGCACACCUCAGUCUCUCCUCCAACCUUACAGCAAGGUCUUCUAUUUGGAGUCCAGGGUUAAGCUUGGAUGCAGAGAUGGACAAACCAGCAGCGGCAGGAGAGGGGAGGGCCAUCUCCCACCUGACCACGUGGACACUUCUUGCCAGUAUAUGACACUUGAAUUUGCAAUCUCUCGUUUGCACUUACUGCUCCAGUCCCACUGUCCCUAGGGUGGAAUCUAUGCAAAGGGGGGUGGGGGUGGGGGCAGGCCGGACCUGGCAGGGCUGCCGAACCUGGGGUUUCAUGAAUCUAGAACAUUUAGAGCUGUCCAGAUGAUGACAUGUCUAUUGUCAUAUUUAUGAAGGAGUCUGAAACUUGUGACCUGGAGCCUGGGCCCCCAGCCCUGGAACUAACACUGCCCAUGCCAGCUUUGCAAACCACAUUUCCAAUGGGUAUGUUUACGGAUGUGUUGGGGGAGGAGUGGGGCAGGGGCAGGCAAGGGGGGAGUGCUGUUCUAUUGGAGCCGCAGACAACCAAAGAUGAAGCCGGUUAAAUUGUUUCAUAAUUUCUUUUCCUUUUUUUUUUUUUUAAACUUUACCAAGUUGCUUUCAGAUUUACAAAUUAAAAGAGUUGCAGG